AUGCCAACACUCUCUGAAUCCGUCCUCUACAACUAUACCGCUCAGAUUCUGGGUAUCACUAUCGACGAUGCUACUGGUCCGGAAAAAAACUCUCAGAAGUCGAGUCUCGAGUCACAAGUACUGGAGGCUCGCCUUCUAAGAACGUUUAUAACCCUGGUUCUCAUCGGCAAGGUUGAAACUAUCCCAUCGUUUAUUGUCUGCGGAUUUACGGACUCAUUGCUUCCAAUUGGUCAUGCUCACUUCCAAAAUCAAAAAGCACCACUAUAUUAUCCUCCAUCACUAGUAUUACUAGUCACACGGUGUUUCAACAAUUGGACAUUGUCUAGUAUCGACGCCUUUAUAGAGACUCAAUGGGUAGUCCUGUCCCCAUUUCUCAGCGCAUCAACAACAGAUGUCUCUCUCUACGACUUCUCCGCGCAAACUAUCCUCCCCAUUCUCGACGAUGAUGCCACUGUCACAUCCUCCAUCAAAACUGGUGGUUACAGCACUGUUCGAAAAGUCAAAAUCCAUCAUCGACAUCACGAUUUUGGGAAUAAUCAGGACAAUCUAUACUUCGCUUUGAAAGAACUACGCUCCCGACAAAUUGAAGACUUUCAGCGCGAAGUAGCCGCUCUAAGGCCAUUCGUGGUCUCCCCGCAUCAACACGUUGUUAAACUUCUAGCAGCGUUCCGGCACGAAAGUUCGUUCUACCUGCUCUUCCCAUGGGCCGAAGGGGGCAGUUUACACUCUUUCUGGAAAGACAACCCAAAGCCAGUCUUAGAUACGUCUCUCUCUAGAUGGGUCUCAGAACAAUGUCUUGGAAUUGCCAAUGCCCUGUAUCAAAUCCACCAUGGUCACUCUGCCCCCGAGGCAGGUUCAUCACACUACGGACGACAUGGAGAUAUAAAGCCUUCGAAUAUUCUUUUAUUCAAGAAGAAUAUUGGCAGUAACGAUUUUGUUUGGAUGCUUAGUGACUUUGGUCUCGGUACAUUACACCGCCAGAUAGAAAGAAGCAGAGGUGAUCACCCUAUCGGAUUCUCGCCUACUUAUAGGGCACCGGAACUUGACAUAAAAGGGAUAAUUGAUAGCGCCUACGAUAUCUGGUCCCUUGGAUGCGUCUUUCUUGAGCUUCUCACUUGGAUGCUUUGCGGCUGGGAAGGUGUCAAGUCUUUCGCCCUCUCUCGAGUCGACGUAGACCAACGAACCGAUAAAGCGGGGGACAGAGACGACGGGUUCUUUAGGAUCGUAGCAAGGCAAGGAGGUCCACCAGAUGCACAGCUCAAAUCAAGUGUCGUUCUAUGGGUCAAUAAUAUCACCACGGCAAAGGCAACGAGUCCUUAUAUUACGGACCUGGUGAAUCUUACACGCAAUGACCUGCUAGAUACCAAUAGGGAAACGAGAGCUAGCAUCUCGCGAGUUGUGGAGAAACUCCAAUGCCUUCGACAGAGAUGUUUAGAGGACCCAACGUACACGGUAGCUAUUCCGCGGCCUCGCAAACCGCCAGAGCAUAUAUACCGUAACCACUGUUCCUCCCGCCGUCGAUGCGACCGUUGCUUCGACGAGUUUGAAAAUAUGUACGAUCUCCAACAGCACCGUCGUUCGGAAACACCUUGUCUAAUACGAGAUUCUCAUAAUUGUAUCGACACCAUUGAUGAGACACAGAAAGGCGAGAUCCGGAAGAAACAGCGUGGGAUAUCGGAAGAGGAGAAGUGGAAGAAGAUAUAUAGGAUCAUAUUCAAACUAGAUCCGACUUCCGAGGUCCCAUCACCUUAUUGCGAUGCGAUUGAAAAGGAAUCUGGCGUAGGAGACAAUCAAGACGGCACCGAUACACUUGCCAAGUUUGAGACUUUCCUUCAUCGUCUAGCAGAUGAUGAUCACCAGAACGCGUCAGAAAUCAACAGUUGCCUCAACCUCGUCAAGCGCUUUCGUCGAGAACACGCGCAAGAUCAACCGGUAGAGACUGUGUUAUCCGAGAUGCCAUCUCUAACCUGUGAUUAUUCUGACAGCACCGCCUGGACAUCUGAGUCGCAAGGGUUUCCGUCAUCAACACUAACAACCAUAGACGACGACACACGUUCUACUGACUUCUCCACUGCCGGUACGGAUCAGCUACCCGCUCCUCCAUUCUGGGAUGACUCGUUCGCGGCGCAUUUCAACAAGGUCUUCUCGUCAAAUAAACCGUAUAGUUUCCCGGACACUCUCGACUUAAGGGACGAUGGUGGGACGCUAUCGUGA